AUGGCCCACACCCGGCCAGUCACUCCAACUGCCCCGCUGCCCCUCGCCGGAGCAACAUACCAGCACCUCUACAGGACGGUAGAAGAGACGCUUAACCAGGCAACGCCGCAGCAUGAGGAGACCCUUAAUCAGGCAUCGCCUCAGCAUGAAGAUACCCCCCUAGAGGCCGCGCAGGAGAUAGCGGCCCCCCACCCUCCUCCACGGGGGCGGGCACUAGAAGAGGAUAGCAGGGCAGCUCCAACUGGAACAAGCAGCGCCUCUCAAGCAUCCUUGCCCACCACUGGUAGAGAAAAGAGACCAAGACGGGCCGCUGCAGGCUGUACGAACCUGAAUGUAAGGGACAUGUCAGCCAACAGUCUGCUCCCACGACCAACCAUCUACACUGAUCCCUCAACCUCUGAGAGGGAGGACAUCAGCAUGAGCGAUCAGUCACCAUCUACAUGUUAG